AAGGUCUAUGGUAUGUUCAUGUUCAUCUGCUGUCUGCUGUUUGGCUACUUUGGCUAGUUUUGAUAUUAUAGUUUGGUUAUGAGAAAACUUCGUGGUUGUGAUAAUGGAAGGAUUUAAACUUUACACUUAAAAAAAUGUCGCUAUUAAUUACUCUUCAAUGAAAAUAUAACUCCUAUAAAGAACUCAACAUCUAUAUUUCUGAGCUAGUGUUUUGAACUUUUACACUUUCAGCUAGGUUGUAAGAGUAGAGAAUACCCGAUAGAAAUCUACCUAGUAUCUGAAUAAGCUGCUUAAAAAGUGAUUGAUAGUAAAUAGAAUGAUUCAAAAGAGAAAAUAUGGCCUUGUUUUGGCCUUAUCUGAUGAUUAUGACAAGUAGGUUAGAAAUGUGGGUUGGGGUUUCCACCAUGAAACCUCUAUUUUUGUUGUUUGAUACCUGUAAAAACUAAAGUUUUUGGACUUUCAUUCAAAAAUUUCAAGUUUUGCUCUUAAAAUUUAGAUUUUAGCGUCAGAAGUAAAAAAUCUUCAGGAUCAAUGGGUUCUAACGGUUCGAAAUUUGUGAAGAAAAUUGUAUCUCCGUUUAAUCACGGAGAUGGAGGAAACACUUCCUCUAAAUCAAACUCCAGUUCAUCCGUCUCAGGACCAAUUGUCUUGUCACGGCAGGGGUCUAUGUAUUUCGACGAGGACGGGGAUCUGGCCCAUGAAUUUUACAUAGAAGAACUACCCUCAGAAAAGGGUAGCAAGGCGAGGAUGAGAAGGAUUACAACCAACUUGAGACCUCAACAGUAUAACGAUGCUGCCGCGCUGAGCACCGGCGAGCUGCUUAGGCGGGCGGUCACUCCAUUUCCCGGCCGACUGAAGAUUGCUCAUGUGAAUGCACAAUCCCUCCUCUGUCACAUCGACGAAUUCAGGCAUGUAUUCGGAGGCCAGGAUUGUGACGUUGUCUUGGUAUCGGAGUCUUGGCUGAAACCUGACGUUUCAAAUAGGCUUGUGGAACUUGAUGGGGAGAGGUGCUGUAUUCGUUCCCACGCCUGCGUUCCGACUUUCCGAUGAUACUCUAUCAAGUUUGAAAUCGCAAAGUUCGUGAUUUCUCGUGUUUUUUUUGUAUUGUUAGUGUUAAUUAUUAUGUCAAAGCUUGAAACAAAUGGGUGAUAAUAACUUUUAAUUAAAACUGACUGUAAAUAACAAUUUAGAAUAAUGACGAUUUAGGGAUGUAUAUAUGAAUGAUGCUGAGGCUUUGGUUAGCACGACUAGCAACAAAGACUAGAUUCUAGGAAGACUGACCUAGGACAACAAUUGUUCUUUCUCAGGACAACAAAAGUACGAUUCCAGUUUUUUAAUUUGUGCUAAACUAAGUUUUGGUCCAAGAUGUUAUAACAGCAUUCAUAAUUACGGCCCUAAAACUGCUAUAAGUGUAGUGCUUUGAGUUGUUGAAAUUUAAGCGAAUCCAAACCUAUUUUAAUUAUUAUUCCCUGAAAUAUCAAUCCAUUGAAG